AGUUCAGUUAACGAAGAAUCGCCAGAGCAGGCGCUACAACGGGACCCAAGGAUAUUCAGAGAGAUAUUUAACUAAGGAAUCAUGUCUUACUACGACGACGAGCGCCGCCAUCACCACCACCAUCAUCAUGGACGUCCCAUUGUGGAGGUGGAUAUUGUGCCACCACGUCUGCCACGCCCCGUUGUUGAGAUCGAUGUCGGCUCGCGCUAUCCCUCCUACAGACCGGAAUGUGUUGAGGUGAUCCAACCAGCGGCUGUCUACCAACAACCACCCAUGGUUGAGGUGGAUGUGGUGCGACCCAGUCGACCACUCAUCGAGUUCAACAUCGGCGGGCGUCGUCCACGCGAGGAAGUCGUCAUUGUGGAGCAACAGCGGCCCUGUUGGUAACAAGCGCACAUUGAAUUCGCAUUCAAAUGUAGAACAACAACAAAAUACCGUAUUUAUUUUUUAUUAAUUGAAAUUAUAUGACUAACAAAACCAAACAAAACUGAAAGCUUCUAUUUGUUAUUUGUCAAUCGCAUAAAUGUAAAAAGUUAUGUAAAAGUUGUGACUAAAUGUAUUUAAUAUUAUUAAAAGCUUUUGACUAAUGCGACAAUUGCUUUAAUGGCAUUAUGAAAAUUUAUUUAUUUUAA